UGACACUCGAGAAAAACGCAAUUCAGCACGAAGUUGUUUCCGUACCUGUUCUAGCCGUGAGCGAAGUGAUAUUGGAUAAGAAAAGCCGGAAAGUUCCCAUACAAACAAUUACCGGCGUUUUAUAAACCAACGAGAUUACUGUUUCAAGUGGCUCGGAACGAUCCGCAGCUGGGCAGGAGCUUCAAGUGUGAAUCGGUUUCCGUGCAGUACAGUACAGCAGAGCGACAUCGGUGGUGGUAGAAGCAGGAUCAGUUUCAGCAGAAAUCGUUCGUGAACGAUACACGCCUCCGAGCCAGCGACGGCUAAACGAUGGGCGUCGAAAGCUAUCUUCCCUGUGGCGUAGUUUACGUGGAUGAUUUAACUGCGUCGCUAAACCAAACCGAUCGUUACGAUACGCUGUGCGUGAUCGAUGAUGUCGCACUGCCCGCUGUAUUGGCGCGUCAAAUCGAUGAUCAGAAAAAGUUUGAUGCAGGUAUCGCCUCGGAAGUGAGCUGUUUCCGCUGUCAGCUCGGUACUGAUCUGGUCCGUGUUGUGUACAGCUGUGUCGGUGAGUUGUCCGAUUUCGACGAUGUGCGCCGUUAUGCGGAAGCGGCAGGUUGUUCAUUGCGCAGAGCACUGAAAGCCGGUGCCAAGUAUCCGGUGCUGGUGCUACCCGCUUCUAGCAAACGGUUCCCGAAUGCACCGCUCGUGGCCCUACUGGGAGCUCUGCACGAGCUAUACGUUCCACUGCAACUACGUGAAGAUGUGCCGACUAAAAGUCAUCGUUAUCGGAAAAUUGGCGUGCAUUACGCAGAGAACGCACAACAGGGAGCCGAUCUGUUGCGUUUGGUGCAAACGUUGGAAGCUGGCCGGUUUGUAGCACGCGAUAUCGGCGGUGGCGAUCCGGAGCGUAUGGCACCGCCACGUGUUGCCGAGUAUGUGCUGCGCGCGUUCGAAUCGGGCCCGGUCAAGGUGACCGUCGUCGAUGAUCCGCGCGUGUUCGAGCGCGACUAUCCACUGUUCCAGGCAGUGAACCGUGCGGCAGGUACGGUCGAACGGCACCGUGGCCGAAUCAUCUUCCUCGAGUACAAGCCACCGAAACCGGCACGCAAAACGGUUGUGCUGGUCGGUAAGGGUGUGACGUAUGAUACCGGCGGUGCCGAUAUCAAGGCGGGCGGCAUAAUGGCGGGUAUGAGCCGUGACAAGUGCGGAGCUGCCGCUGUGGCCGGCUUCAUGAAGGUAGUCGAGCAGCGCAAACCAGAGGACGUGCAUGCGAUUGGCGUUCUCUGCAUGGUGCGCAAUUCGGUCGGUGAAGAGUGUUACGUGUCGGACGAAAUGUUGACUUCCCGUGCUGGUGUGCGGGUUCGCGUCGGUAACACGGAUGCCGAGGGUCGUAUGGCUAUGGCGGAUGCACUUUGUCAGAUGAAAGAACGCGUAUUAAGUGAAGGUCUGCCUGAUCCUCAUCUAUACACGAUCGCCACACUCACGGGACAUGCAGUGUUGGCCGUCGGUAAUAGUGCCAUCGUUAUGGACAAUGGUCCGGCCCGAGCCGUUGACCACGGACUGAUGCUGCAACGUGCCGGGGAAGUUGUUGGUGAUCCGUUCGAGAUAUCCGUUCUGCGUCGUGAAGAUUUCAAUUUCCAUAAAGGCAAAUGUUACGGUGAGGAUGUACUGCAGGCAAACAAUCUUCCAUCCAGCAGAACGCCCCGUGGACAUCAGGGACCAGCGGCAUUUUUGAUGCUCGCCACUGGACUAGACAGCUGCGGACUGAACUCUUCCCAUCCGAUCAAGUAUUCACAUCUCGACAUCGCAGGCAGUGCUGGGGACGUACCAGAUACACCGACCGGAUCACCGAUCCUGGCCCUAGCGGAAGCCCACCUGGAAUAAACUGUAUUUGAGUGAUGUACCCAGUGAAGCGGUGGGAAUUAUUGAUCUGGAUUGAAUUUCUUUCACAAUUUUGAAAUAAAGCUAAGCAUUUGCUACGGUGAUGGAUUAUUUUGUAAAAUUAA